AUGUCGUCGGUGACGAUCGGAGAUGUUACCCUGUCCGAGGAGGAGCUGCAAGACGGCUUCAGCGCGGAGACCAUCUUCGCGACGCCGGGUUCUAGGGGGUUCACUUUCGACGAUAUCAUCGCACUGCCGGGGUCCAUCGACUUCGGAGUGGAGGAGGUCGCUCUCGACACGCGCAUCACAAGAAACAUACCCAUGGCGUUUCCGUUCGCGUCCGCGGCGAUGGACACGGUGACCGAAAGCAAGAUGGCCAUCGCGAUGGCGCUGCAGGGGUGCAUCGGCGUCCUUCACGGCAACUGCCCGCCCCUAGAGCAAGUGAAGCUGGUGCAAAGGGUGAAGGGCUACGAGAACGGUUUCAUCUCUAACCCGGCGGUGAUGUCCCCGACGUGCACCGUGGCCGACCUGGACGACCUCAAGGCGGAGAGAAACAUCUCGGGGGUGCCCAUCACCGAGGACGGGUCGAUAGGGUCUAAGCUGGUCGGUCUGUGCACAAAGAGAGAUCUGGACCUUGUUGACGAGAGGCACGAGCCGCUGUCGGAGCACAUGACGCCUGUAGAUGAUCUGAUCUUGGGGAGGGAGGGGUGUUCCCUGGAGGAGGCGCAGGAGAUCAUCAAGGUUUCCAAGAAGGGCUACCUGCCAAUCGUGGACGCCGAGGGAAACCUCUGCGCCUUGACCACCCGCACCGACCUCCUCAAGACGAGGGACUUCCCCCACAGCACCAAGGACCCGCUCACCGGCAAACUGAGAGUUGCUGCCGCUGUAGGAGCGGGCCCGGACGACCGGGACCGCAUCGCGAUGCUUGUGGAGGCCGGGGUGGACGUGCUGGUAAUCGACGAGAGGAACGGAGAUACUACGGAACAGAUUGAUCAGGUUCGUCACAUCAAGGCCAAGUACCCCAAGGUGGACGUGAUCGGCGGGAACGUGGUUACCCGCAGCCAGGCGUUAGCUCUGCUCGACGCUGGUGUGGACGCUGUUCGCGUGGGCAUGGGCGCGGGUUCCGUGUCGACAACACAGCAGGUACGAGCGGUCGGGCGAGCCCAGAUCUCGUCGGUGUACCACGUACGAGCCGUCGGGCGAGCCCAGAUCUCGGCGGUGUACCACGUGAGCAAGCUGGCGCGCGCGUACGGAGUCCCGGUCAUCGCGGACGGAGGGAUCAUGAACACGGGGUGCGGGAUCAAGGCGCUGGGCAUGGGCGCGAGCGUGCUGAUGAUGGGAUCCCUCCUGGCCGGGACGGAGGAGGCCCCCGGGGAGUACUUCUAUCAGCAGGGCAUGCGGCUCAAGCACUACCACGCCUUGACCAGCGUCGAGUCCCAGCAGAACGCUCGCGCUCGCGACGCAGCCAUGGCCGCGGCGAAGGGAACGUCGGGGGUUAGCGGUGUGGUGGUGGACCGGGGAAGCCUGCACAGAUUCGUGCCCUACAUGGCGCAGUCCGUCAGGCACGGCUUCCAGGACAUGGGAGUCAAGUCUCUCGCGGACCUUCACGCCGAGGUGUACGAAGGGACGAUCCGGUUCGAGAUCCGCUCGCCGUCGGCCCAGAAGGAAGGCGGGGUACACGACCUGCACUCGUACUCGCGCAAGCUCUACGCGUGAAGGGUCCUAGUAGGCUAGGCUCGAUGUUCUACGCUUGAAGGGAAAUUCGGGCGGUUUUAGGCUUGAGGCUCUUCGCUUGAAGAGGUCUCUAGGGUAGGCUCGAAGCUCCACGCUUGAAGAGAAAUCGGUCGGUGGCUAGACUUCAGGCUCUCCGCUUGUGAAGAGAAUUCGAGCGGUCUAGGCUAACGCUCCGAGCUAUAGGGUUGGAAGAGAGGUGGGGGUGUCUAGGCUAGGCUAGAAGUGAAGCCGGGCGGUCUAACCUUAAGAAUACGGCGGCUGUUCGGCGGCGUGUUAUGGCGAGAUGCUGAUGAUGCGGUCCAGUGGUCUAGGCUUAAAUAGUCG